AUGGCUCCUAGGAUAACAAGUAACCGUGGACAUAGAGCAGGAAAUCCAAAUCCGUUGGCUUACAGUGCUUCAUUGACGGAUUUUGGUGGUGUUGGAGAUGGAAAAACAUCAAACACAAAGGUAUUUAAGUCUGCAAUCAGUCAUCUGAGUGAGUAUGCUUCAAAAGGGGGGGCUCAGCUCUAUGUUCCUGCUGGAAAAUGGCUUACUGGGAGUUUUAGCCUUACCAGUCAUUUCACUCUCUAUCUCCACAAAGAUGCUGUUCUCCUUGCAUCUCAGGAUAUUAGUGAGUGGCCUGCGAUUGAACCACUCCCAUCGUACGGUAGAGGAAGAGAUGCAGCAGCAGGAAGGUAUACCAGCCUCAUAUUUGGAACAAACCUCACUGAUGUUAUUGUCACAGGUGACAAUGGCACCAUAGAUGGUCAAGGAGCGUUUUGGUGGCAGAAAUUUCACAAGAAACAGUUGAAGUACACUCGUCCAUACUUGAUUGAGUUAAUGUUCUCAGACAAGAUUCAAAUUUCUAAUUUGACCCUCCUAAAUUCUCCAUCAUGGAAUGUUCAUCCUGUUUAUAGCAGCAAUAUUAUUAUUAAAGGCCUCACCAUUAUCGCUACUGUCCCAUCUCCAAACACCGAUGGCAUCAACCCAGAUUCUUGCACGAAUACCAAAAUUGAAGACUGCUACAUAGUUUCUGGAGAUGACUGUAUAGCAGUGAAAAGUGGGUGGGAUCAGUAUGGCAUAAAGUUUGGAUGGCCCACAAAACAGCUAGUGAUCAGACGGCUAACAUGCAUUUCCCCAGAAAGUGCAGCCAUUGCCUUAGGAAGUGAGAUGUCUGGUGGAAUCGAAGAUGUCAGAGCUGAGGAUAUCACAGCCAUCCAUACAGAAUCAGGGGUCAGAAUCAAGACUGCAAUAGGGAGAGGAGGGUAUGUGAAGGACAUAUAUGUAAAGGGAAUGACCUUGCACACCAUGAAAUGGGUUUUUUGGAUGACUGGUAGCUAUGGCUCCCAUGCUGAUAGCCACUAUGAUCCUAAAGCCUUGCCUGAGAUCAAAGGCAUCAACUACAUAGAUGUGGUGGCUGACAAUGUCACCAUGGCUGCUAGGUUGGAAGGAAUCUCCAAUGACCCUUUUACUGGAAUCUGCAUUGCCAAUGUCACCAUUAACAUGGCAGCCAAGGCCAAAAAACAGCCAUGGACAUGUACUGAUAUUGAAGGGACCACAAGUGGGGUGACUCCUAAGCCAUGCAAUUCUUUACCUGAUCAAGGGCAGGAGAACAUCAAAGCCUGCGAUUUCCCCACAGAUGAUCUACCAAUUGAUUCGUUGGAGCUUAAGAAGUGUGCUUACCGAAUUAAACAUGCAUGACUACACUAGUGAUACAAUGUUUCAUAUAGUUAUUUAUUUAAGUCUAGUCUUUACCACCUUAUCCACAAUACAGAAAUCGUUACUCGUGUAAAGUAAUGAAUUUUCUGUCAUUAUUGUCACUACAAAUUUCUUUUUGCUACAAUUUUAUGAAAUGGCUUUAAGCUUCUUGGAACCUA